UUUCACUGCGAAUAGCUCGUUUCAUCUCAUCCAACAUUAAUUUUCAUUUAUUGGCUCUUCACCCCGUUGCAGACUACUGUGUUGGUCGCAAAGCAGUCAUGAUCGAAACGAGUUUUUGCUAGCUGUCAACUUUGUGGUGGAUCGUCCUGGCUAGACCAAUGAUGGAUCGUGAGACAGCUGCUAAACAUGGCCUCCCAGCCCCGCUAAGCACUCCAAGCCCUAGUCCAGUCAAGCAAUUGGCUACUGUAGUCCCCAAUCGUGAAUGGUUCCCGCUGCACCCAGCCAGAUUCCUGCAGCUAAUGAAAUCACUGGCUAUGGUGUAUGUAAUGGCUUACCUCAUCACACAGCGACAUCAGUGGCAGAGCAUGAUCAGAGACAAGAGCAAGUGCGACAGAAUACUUGAUGGGUACACAGUUCGCAGCAGGAAAGAAGGACAACAUGACCAGUUGGACUGUACACCCAGGCAUUUUGACAGCCAAACAGCUAGGACUUGCUUCCGCAAUUCCAGAGUUCUCUUCAUCGGUGAUUCUCGCAUCCGGGCACUGUUGAGUACGUUUGUAAAAUAUGUAAAACCGCAUCCACAACGAGCAGUCGGCAAGCGGGCCGAUGCACCCAAGGCACACCCAAGUGUGAGUUGCAUGUUACAUUCUUGCUAUGCUAGUUGCACAGCCAUUGGGUGA